UGCGUGAUGACGCCACGACGUGCGCUCGGCGGCUCACCGGGGAACAUGGCGGCGGCUGCCGUGGAGCAGAGGAGGGCCUGAGGCGGCGGAAGGCAGGGAGGGCGCAGGCUCGGCCUGCAGGGACGUUGUGGAGAGCGAAGUAGGACCCUUCGCCCGUCGUUCCGCGCCCGGCGUGGGAGGGAGUGACUCCUGUGGUUCUCUGGAAAUCACUUAUGGUACUGGGGAUUGAAAUAUGAUCUGCUUUGGACAAGUGUCCUAGAACGAAAGUACCGCCAUGGCCACAGAAAUUGGCUCUCCUCCUCGUUUUUUCCAUAUGCCAAGGUUCCAGCACCAGGCACCUCGACAGCUAUUUUACAAGCGACCUGAUUUUGCCCAGCAGCAAGCAAUGCAGCAGCUUACUUUUGAUGGAAAACGAAUGAGAAAAGCUGUAAAUCGGAAAACCAUAGACUAUAAUCCAUCUGUAAUUAAAUAUUUGGAGAAUAGAAUAUGGCAAAGAGAUCAAAGAGAUAUGCGGGCAAUUCAGCCUGAUGCAGGUUAUUAUAAUGAUUUGGUCCCGCCUAUAGGGAUGUUGAAUAAUCCUAUGAAUGCAGUAACAACAAAAUUUGUUCGGACAUCAACAAAUAAAGUAAAGUGUCCAGUAUUUGUUGUAAGGUGGACUCCAGAAGGAAGACGACUGGUUACUGGUGCUUCUAGUGGAGAGUUCACCUUGUGGAAUGGACUCACUUUCAACUUUGAAACAAUAUUACAGGCUCAUGAUAGCCCUGUGAGGGCUAUGACUUGGUCACACAAUGACAUGUGGAUGUUAACAGCAGAUCACGGAGGAUAUGUGAAAUACUGGCAGUCGAACAUGAACAACGUCAAGAUGUUCCAGGCACAUAAGGAGGCGAUUAGAGAGGCCAGUUUCUCACCCACGGAUAAUAAAUUUGCUACAUGCUCUGAUGACGGCACUGUUAGAAUCUGGGACUUUCUUCGUUGCCAUGAGGAAAGAAUUCUUCGAGGGCAUGGUGCUGAUGUGAAAUGUGUAGACUGGCAUCCAACCAAAGGGUUAGUGGUUUCAGGAAGUAAAGAUAGUCAACAGCCAAUCAAGUUCUGGGAUCCCAAGACUGGGCAGAGUCUUGCAACACUUCAUGCCCAUAAAAACACAGUGAUGGAAGUGAAAUUAAAUCUCAAUGGCAAUUGGCUGCUCACUGCAUCACGUGACCAUCUUUGUAAACUUUUUGACAUUCGAAACCUGAAAGAAGAGCUGCAGGUCUUCAGGGGGCAUAAGAAAGAAGCCACAGCGGUGGCCUGGCAUCCGGUUCAUGAAGGUCUGUUUGCCAGUGGAGGGUCUGAUGGCUCUUUGUUAUUCUGGCAUGUUGGAGUAGAGAAGGAAGUGGGGGGGAUGGAGAUGGCCCAUGAAGGAAUGAUCUGGAGUUUGGCUUGGCACCCUCUUGGACAUAUUCUCUGCUCAGGAUCAAAUGACCAUACUAGCAAAUUUUGGACCCGAAACCGACCAGGUGAUAAAAUGAGAGAUCGCUAUAACCUAAAUCUAUUACCUGGAAUGUCUGAAGAUGGAGUAGAGUAUGAUGAUCUUGAACCUAACAGCCUGGCAGUAAUUCCAGGGAUGGGAAUACCGGAACAAUUAAAAUUAGCUAUGGAGCAAGAACAGAUGGGGAAAGAUGAAUCAAGUGAAAUUGAAAUGACAAUUCCAGGUUUAGAUUGGGGAAUGGAGGAGGUAAUGCAAAAGGAUCAGAAAAAAGUACCUCAGAAAAAAGUUCCUUAUGCAAAACCUAUUCCUGCUCAGUUCCAGCAAGCUUGGAUGCAAAAUAAAGUUCCCAUUCCUGCCCCAAACGAAGUGCUGAAUGACAGAAAAGAGGACAUUAAAUUGGAAGAAAAGAAAAAAACGCAAGCAGAAAUCGAACAAGAAAUGGCCACAUUGCAAUAUACGAAUCCACAACUUCUGGAGCAACUUAAAAUCGAAAGACUUGCCCAGAAACAGUCAGAGCAGAUCCAGCCUCCUCCAUCCUCUGGUACCCCUCUCCUCGGACCCCAGCCCUUUCCUGGACAGGGACCCAUGGCCCAGAUUCCUCAAGGGUUUCAGCAGCCCCAUCCGUCUCAGCAGAUGUCAAUGAACAUGGCUCAGAUGGGACCUCCAGGACCACAGGGACAGUUUCGACCUCCUGGACCCCAGGGACAAAUAGGUCCACAAGGCCCUCCGCUGCAUCAGGGAGGUGGGGGGCCACAAGGAUUUAUGGGACCACAGGGGCCCCAAGGCCCACCCCAGGGAAUGCCAAGGCCUCAGGACAUUCACGGACCCCAAGGCAUGCAGAGGCAUCCUGGACCUCAUGGCCCUCUGGGACCUCAGGGGCCACCUGGCCCACAAGGGGGUUCUGGGCCUCAAGGUCAUAUGGGUCCUCAGGGGCCACCUGGUCCACAAGGUCACAUAGGUCCUCAAGGCCCACCUGGCCCCCAGGGUCAUCUGGGCCCACAGGGGCCACCUGGUGGUCAAGGUCUUCAGGGCCCACCUGGUCCCAGAGGAAUGCAAGGACCUCCUCAUCCUCAUGGGAUCCAGGGGGGUCCAGGCUCCCAAGGGAUCCAGGGCCCUGUGUCUCAGGGACCAUUGAUGGGACUGAACCCCAGAGGAAUGCAGGGUCCCCCAGGCCCUCGUGAAAAUCAGGGCCCUGCUCCCCAAGGCAUGAUGCUUGGCCACCCACCUCAAGAAAUGAGAGGCCCACAUCCUCCAAGUGGACUGCUGGGACAUGGCCCUCAGGAAAUGAGGGGACCUCAGGAAAUGAGGGGUCUGCAGGGCCCUCCACCCCAGGGAGCAAUGCUGGGUCCACCCCAGGAGCUGCGAGGCCCCCCAGGCUCCCAGGGUCAGCAGGGGCCCCCCCAGGGCACUAUGGGACCUCCACCUCAGGGUGGCAUGCCAGGACCCCCUGGACCUCAGGGACAGCAGAAUCCGACUAGAGGGCCGCAUCCACCUCAAGGGCCAAUGCCAUUUCAGCAGCAGAAAACAGCUCUGCUUGGCGAUGGGCCCCGGGCCCCCUUCAAUCAGGAAGGACAGAACACAGGCCCCCCACCCUUGAUACCUGGCCUGGGACAGCAGGGGUCACAAGGUCGCAUCCCCCCUCUUAACCCUGGACAAGGACCCGGCCCAAACAAAGGUGACUCCCGUGGCCCCCCAAACCACCACAUGGGUCCUAUGUCAGAGAGGAGGCAUGAGCAGAGCGGCGGCCCAGAGCAUGGUCCUGAGAGGGGGCCUUUCCGGGGCGGCCAGGACUGCAGGGGUCCCCCUGAUAGGCGCGGCCCUCACCCCGACUUUCCUGACGACUUCAGCAGACCAGAUGACUUCCACCCUGACAAGCGCUUUGGCCACCGGUUACGUGAAUUUGAGGGACGAGGAGGACCUUUACCCCAAGAAGAGAAGUGGAGGCGUGGGGGCCCUGGGCCUCCAUUUCCGCCUGAUCACAGGGAAUUCAGCGAGGGGGAUGGCCGGGGCACAGCCCGGGGGCCUCCAGGAGCAUGGGAAGGCCGCAGACCUGGAGAUGAACGAUUUCCCCGGGACCCAGAGGACCCACGCUUUCGGGGGCGCAGAGAAGAAAGCUUUAGAAGAGGAGCCCCCCCAAGACAUGAAGGCCGUGCUCCCCCCAGAGGACGGGACAAUUUUCCUGGUCCAGAGGACUUUGGUCCAGAGGAGAAUUUUGAUGCAUCUGAUGAAGCAGCUCGAGGGCGAGAUCUCAGAGGUCGAGGUCGGGGAACUCCACGAGGAGGAAGGAAGGGCCUGCUUCCCACUCCUGAUGAGUUCCCUCGCUUCGAAGGAGGACGGAAACCAGAUUCCUGGGAUGGAAAUAGAGAGCCUGGACCCGGUCAUGAACAUUUCCGUGACCCUCCUCGCCCUGAUCAUGCCCCUCAUGAUGGUCACUCCCCAGCUAGUAGAGAACGGUCUUCAUCUCUCCAAGGCAUGGACAUGGCUUCUCUGCCUCCUCGAAAGCGCCCCUGGCAUGAUGGGUUAGGGACCUCUGAGCACAGAGAAAUGGAAGCCCCGGGGGGUCCCUCAGAGGAUCGAAGUGGCAAAGGCCGAGGGGGCCCAGGACCUUCGCAGAGAGUGCCAAAAUCUGGUCGUUCCAGCUCCUUGGAUGGAGAUCAUCACGAUGGAUAUCACAGAGAUGAACCUUUUGGGGGUCCUCCAGGCAGUGGUACUUCUUCUAGAGGGGGCCGGAGUGGCAGCAAUUGGGGUAGAGGGAGUAAUAUGAACUCUGGCCCACCUAGGCGAGGAACUUCAAGGGGUGGUGGACGGGGUCGGUAGAAAUUUGGACUGACUAGCCCUAGGCCUCUCUGGACAGUAUUUAAGACCUUCCUGUGGACUUAACCAAGAGCAACAAAAGGAAGCCGCACUAUGUCGCACCAUGAACUCUUUCUGGAGCAGUUGAAACCCAGGAGCCCCAAUUGAGGUCUUCAAGAUGAAGAGACUGCUGCUGGCUACCCAGAGUAGCUAGCUUUGUUUUGUCCUGUAUGUCCUCACUGCCCUAACUCCCCCAUUGUUUUGUGAAGAUAAAAGCUGGAAUUCUUUUUUUUUUUAAGUGUCACAAGACAUGGAGCACCUCUACAAAUUUAAGUUCAUGUCCUAUUGGAAAUUUGUUUCUAUAUGUACAGUUUGUCAGAGAAAAAACAUUUUUUGUAUGAAUACAGAAUGUGAUUUACGCAAGAAUUAACAAAAAAAAAAAAAACCCAGUUGUGAA